AUGGACCUAACAAAGGAGAUAUACACCAACCUUAGUACUCUCAGGGAGGCACUUACAUAUCCGUUACUUACUGGUCUUAAACGGUCUAAGCAACCUUUCCUUGAUGUUUUGAACGAUAUCCUUGGUACAACGGGAGUUGGAGGAUAUGAGGUGGGAUGCAGUCACCAUAACAUCAAGAUAUUUAUAGGUGUCAGCUCUUGCAACAAUUUACAUGAUUGGUACCAGCCUCCUUUACCAUAUUCUCUUGUCAGCCGCAGCAAACAAGACCAGGAAAUAUUGUACAGUUUAGGUAGUAGUUUGCCCAACACCCAUGAACAGACGUUCUCACCGCUGUUGAUACACAGACAUCAGGGAAAUAAAAUAGCCAAGAAGAUCUUCUACCACAACAAACUAUACCUGCAGCCCAGCCAAUUCUACGGGAAAGUCCAGGAGCUGUGUGUCCUUGCAAAUCGGCCGUGUACGUUUCCAUCCACCAGCAACCUCAGCCAUAGUGAAGCAGCAGAGGCUCUCGAUGACCACAUCGCCUCGCUUUCUCAACAGCUACCCGCCCUGGAUACCACCUGCCUCCCCUCCUACCUGCCGCCUUCUCACUUGCCCCUUGUGUCAGUCAGUUUCAGGUGCUCAAGAAGCAGGGAAAAAUUCGCGUCAAGAGAGCCACCAAUGCAAGGGACCGUAUUUGUCAUCGCCAUCGAGAAAACACCAAGCCCCACUUCAUUCGGCGAAUUACGACCCAUCGCCAUUAUUCCUUUGCCCAGCCUGCUGUGUGAAAGCUUUAUCGCCGAUUGGGCCUACCAGGACCUCGCGGCCAGCGUUGACACUCGGCAGUUCAGCAACAUGUGUUCCUCCUCUACCACACACUGCCUCGUCAGCUUUCUCGACUUCGUCCUCGCCCACCUCCACAAGCGCAAAUCUUCCAGCAAUAGCACCUUCAUAGAUUUCAAAAAAUCCUUCUACUUGGUGGACCACACCACGCUCAUCUCAAAAGCAGCAGCUUCCAUGGGCAUUAGGAAGUGCCUCAUUCCCUGGCUAGCAGAUUUUCUGUCCAACAAGCAACAAGACAUGCGCAUGCAGGGUCAAGUUUUCAGCCUCCUGCCACUCACGUGCGGAAUAGCCCAGGGAACUAGAAUGGGGCCCCUUUGCUUCCUCGCCAUGAGUAACGAUGCACUCCUGGACAUCGAGUAUCGUUGGAAAUACGAGGAUGACUCGACCAUCGCCGCCGCCAUUGGCUUCACAUACUGGGUCGCCUUUGGCGUUCCACUCCCGGAGCUUCACAAUAUCUACAGGCUUUUCAUCCUGCCCAAAAUGAUCUACGCCUCUCCCACAUGGGCCCCCUCCCUCACCGCCACUCAGCUGCUACAGCUCGACAGGGUGCAGAAAAGGGCAGCCAAGAUCAUAUACUAG